UGUUGGUAGUAACAGGUGUAUAGCGUAGCAAAAACUAUUCAUCGGCUUGUAAACCCGACCGCGAAACAUAAUUGAGACUCGUGUAACAUAUAUAUGUUUCUUGGGUAUUCUUUAUCCAAUUUGCACUGUUUUUCUGGCUAAUAUCGUUGCCUUAUACCAAAUAUUAGUUAAAGCUGAAUUUCAUCAAACAAAAUAUUCACUUGGAUUUAUUUGACGGAAAUUUUUACUAGUAGGGAAAAAGAAAGAAGACAAUUUAGCGAAGCUUCUUCGUGGGACGGGUACUACUCCUGACCUCACCUUCAACGGGGGGACCUCCGCCAGCGAUCGACUCAACACUCGACGCGUGGAAGUAUACUCCAUUUGGGACGUCCGAUUUCAAAUUACUAUGGCAACGAACCAGAACUUCGGGUUCUUGGAGAAUUGAAAGAAAAACGUGUCGUGACUGGAGUGUGUUGAUUUUUAUUUAUUUUUGGGAUAAAAAUCGUGAGACAAGAUGCCUGCUUCGAGAAAUGUCGGAACUGCUGGGACAAUUGACACUGAAAUCCUUAACAUGGAAUUUCCCAAAUUUAUAAACAUUAGUGAGAUCUGCGAAUGCGGACGAUGUGGGCGCCACAAAGACUACGAUCGGAAACGGCGACCUGCCGGGGCGGACCGCCCUUGUGAACUCAGCCAUUACCAACAGACCUUCACUUCCUACCCCGAUGCCCAAAGGCAGUUGCCCCUUAUACCUCCCCCGACGCCCCGGGACCCCAACCCCCCACGGAUGGUAUUUGACACCACGCAAAGACACGACUUCAUACCGCGGGGAGAGGUGACGAAGCCUGAGAAAAUAAAACCGGUUGAAAAUUACCAACCUACCAAAGAACCGCUUGACGGUGAAACAGUUUACAAGGUAACCUACCCUGGCCAUACACAGUUCCCACAAAUCAGCCAAGCACGACCACCGAGCAAGGGCUAUCGGGAAAGAUCGGCAAAGUUCGACCAACGAACGACGAAUAAGGAAGAGUUCCGAGCGUGGGCGGCCAAGCCUUCGGUUGCUUUCGGCGAACUACCCUCGUUUGCAGGUUCCAUUUUGUACCCCGGCGACAUGGCCAAUCUCCAAUCUAUGACCCAACAAGACUUCGUAGAAAGACCGAUUAAUAAAUCCGAAAUGAUCCGAGCCGGUGUCGGUAGUAACAUUCAAGUCAGGGAAGGAAAAUUCGACCAUAACACCAUCCACAAACUGACCUACAAGGACAUGGGUCCUGGUCACAAAUCAAAAAAUGCCCGACCUAGCAAUCAGUAUCCCUCCGCAGCAAGGAGAGCCAAGUUUGAUGGGGUGACGCAGACGAGGAAAGAUUAUCCCGGAUAUCAGAGCCAACCCUUACCGCCGAAACCCUGCACGCCGCCUCCCGCGACCAUCAGACUUAGUAUGGACUCAAAAAUCGAUUUCGUGACGGAGAAUACUCAAGAAUUCCAAGGUCAUGAUGUUCUUGUGAAUCCCAAGCCUGCGACAAUGAAGAAAGAUUCAGAUACCUACAACCCACCAUCCAUCAAGUUUGCAACGGAUUCCAGUCAUAAGGUGGAUUAUCGCCCGAUUGAAGACAAGUCCGCGUACCUUCAACCCAACCGUCGGCCUCACACCCAAGGCGGCCCCCGCUCCGCCAAGUUCUACGACCAGACAACGAACAAUCGCUUCUUCCGCAACUGGGGCGCAAAACCCCGCAUACGCUACGGCGACUUCCACGAAGCGAAAAUAUACGUCAAACCCCGCGGGAAAAUGGAAGUGGAGAGUUGGAAUAGUCAGACGUACAAGAACAUUCCGCUGGAUGAACCGACGCCAAGCUUCAAACCUCACGAUGAGCCUGUUCAAAGAAUGGGGAAACAGGACUUUACGACCAUUCAUAAGGCGACUUACAAAGGACAACGUCCGCAGAUGUGCAAGGCGCGGUUGUAUAUUCUUCAACAGGAAAUGAAACGACGAAAGGCUUUGAAAGAGAGGCAAGUGAAAGAGGGAGCAAAUGGAAAUAAUGGAUUGCGAGCUGUUGGAAGAACUGCUUUAGCCGGUACUGUUUGAGGAUGCGCUGGGCGUGGCUUCCGUCAGUGACUUUGAUAACAACAAUAUGCGACUUGUCGUGCGGUGUGUCGGCGUUCUAUCAGAGUAUACGCUGAAUGGACGUGGGAAGGAUGAGCAUUAGCGUCCGAGAAGUGAGAAGCAUUUCAUGAAGUGUCUCAUCAUUCAAUUUUCUCUGAUGAAUUCGCUCUCAGCCAAUCAAAUGCAAUGAUUUCGGUAGCUUAUCACAAAAGUCCGUAGAAAUCGCAGACAAGACAUGUUGGGUAGUCCUACACUUUGAAGUUAACAUCAGGAUUAGUUUCGUUCUGAGAGUAUCAAGUUCAGUAAACGAGUGUCUAACGGAUUUAAUCAUGACAAAGUAUUUUUGCGUCUAUUCAAGUUUCUGACACUUAAUAAA